ACGUGAGGAGCGUCUUUUUUGUGGUCCAGCUGUUUCGUGAUAAAACUCAUAUGCGGACUGAAGAUCAGGACCCUAGACGACCGUUAGCUCCCAAAUUAUAACUAGCUCCAGAAAGGCUCCGAAAAUCGAAUUCGGUUUUGCUUUUUUAUUGCACUCAUAGACUACGUGGAUUUUUUACUGGAAUGGAGGAUCAGAUUUCAUGAGGCGAUGCUGCAGGAAAAAUCUCCAGCUGUAAGUGAUGAAGGCUUCACUGCAGCCAAACCAUCCCAAUGCCAGAAUCUUGCAUUUGAUCCCAUACCACAGGACGCAGCCACAGCUGGAAGUAUUUCUCAAGAAGAUGCUCCAGAUCAGAACAUUCAGAACAUCAAGGUGUGCCUUCAUGAGAAAGAUCUAUGGAAGAGGUUCCAUGAAGUGGGAACGGAGAUGAUUAUUACAAAAGCAGGCAGACGGAUGUUUCCAAGCUUCAAGAUCAAAGUGUCUGGAAUGAAUCCUAAAACAAAAUAUAUUCUACUUAUUGACAUUGUUCAAGCAGAUGAACAUCGCUACAAAUUCUGUGACAACAAAUGGAUGGUUGCAGGCAAGGCAGAACCAGCAAUGCCAGGGCGGUUGUACGUCCACCCAGAUUCUCCAGCUACAGGAAUGCACUGGAUGCGCCAACUGGUUUCUUUUCAAAAGUUAAAGCUCACCAACAACCACCUCGAUCCCUUUGGUCAUAUUAUUCUCAAUUCUAUGCACAAGUACCAGCCGCGGCUUCAUAUUGUGAAAGCCGAUGAGAACAAUGGCUUCAGCUCCAAGAACACGGCCUUUUGCACACAUAUUUUCCAUGAGACAGCCUUCAUCUCGGUAACAUCAUAUCAGAAUCACAAGAUAACCCAGCUAAAAAUUGAAAAUAAUCCAUUUGCUAAAGGAUUCAGAGGAAGUGACGAGAGUGAUAUGAGGUUAUCCCGACUGCAGAGCAAAGAUUAUCCAGUGAUUUCCAAAAACAUCGUCAGGCAGACACUUGUUUCAGCUCACUCACAGUUUCUGGGGAAGCCAGUCAGCAGUCCACAAUGUGGAAGUCAACAGUGUGACAUCAGCACUCAUGUGCCUUUAGGUGCCUUGGACACCCAUGAUCUGCCCUUCAAUUCCUUCUCAGCUCCUCGGGACUCUAACUUGCUGUACCACUGCUUCAAGCGUACAGAUGGUAGGCACUUGGACCUCACUUGUAAGCGUCCUUAUUUGGAGACUUCCUCCAUCAUUGAUGAACGCUAUUGUCAUCCUGCAGCAUCAUAUGAACAGGCAGCACAAAAUUACCCAAACUCUAAUGAUUCGGCAGGAUCUGGUGAAGCCUGCAUGUACACAGCUGCUGAGGGAGACAUCUCAGGGAGCCCUGGAGCAGAGGAUCAUCCAACUUUGUCAUCGCUAAACUGCAACAUGUGGGCAUCUGUUUCUCCAUACACAAGCUAUAAUGUGCAGACGAUGGAGACAAUGGCUUAUUCAACAUUCUCUACUCAUUUCAGCACUGCUUCUGUGAUGCCUCGUCUUGCUACCCCUAUGUCAGGGUCACGGUCACAGGCAGCUACGGAUGGCCACCUAACCAUUUACAGUCCUCCUCCACAAAGUGAGAUUUGCCAAAGAACAACGCCAUCAUCUUCUCCUAACCAAAGUUCCAGAAAUCGUGUCGCUCCACACCUCCUGUAUGAAAGAAAGCCAAGUUUGUCCUAUUUGGGUAAUGACACAAACCAUUUUCCAGUAUACACCCAGAGUACUUCUUCUUCUAGGGAGUGGUCAUCCUAUCCACAUCCCAGGGUGAGAACUAGUGCUGACAACUGGAUAGAUGGCUAUAAGGAAGAUAAAUAAAUAACCACAUGAAUCUUCAUCCACCCCUCAGCUCAUCCUGAAUCAUGAAUUAAUAGGCACUACUUUCUAAUGGCCAUUUGGAAAAUGAUGAGCAUUAGCUUUAAUUAAGCUUGAAGAUAGAACUCAGCUUGAACUUGAAUGCACUAUAUGCAUCGGAAAUGUUUAUUUGACUCUAACUAGUUGGACAGACUUCAUGAUAUUAAAAAACAGAAGAUGAGACAAAAUCCAAGGAGAUGGGUCACAGUGGAUCAUUCUUAAUAGUAUAAUAUGUUAAAAGAUAAUAAUACUGUAUUAAGAUUCUUAAUAAAUUAUUUUAAUUGUUUUGUAACAAUCAUUAUUUAGAAAUGUAAAACAUGUUUCAAUUAUUGCUCACAUAUAUAUCAGAUGAAUGCAGACCCUGGAACUUACAGAAGUAGACAUAUAAACUUACUGUCAACAAGCUUUGACUGUUUGCACUUGGAAUACUUCAUACAGAAUUUAACAGAAAUAAAAAAGUCAUUUAAGUCAUUCAUCACAUAUAAAUACAUUCAUCACAAGUAUAGAGUAUUCAUGCUGAAUAAAUAAUAUGAAUUCAAUCAAAUGGUGUCCCAUUAAGGGCUUUUUUCAUGCUUUGUACCCAGUGGUCCUGGGGCAGGCUUUAGCUCCCUGUGCUUCUCCAUUGAACUAAACAGGUUAAAAACUCUGUGUAUGAUCAGUAUGUAUGGAUGUAUAUGGAGUGUGAGCUAAAGCUUUAUUUAGAAAAUGAUUGUGUAAAUGCAAAACAUGGCUGUAUGCAAAUUUUAUUUCUGAUUAACCAAACAAGCCUAAGCCAUUAAAUCAUUUUGUUAUAAUUUUGUGUAAUAACAUAAAACUAUGUGAAUGUAAUAUUUGUGGCAACCGUCACUCCUUCAUGCUGCCCUCUAGAAUGAAUACUUUUCCAUGAUAGACAAUGAAACAGAGCCAGGUCUGAAACUGAAAUUUUCAUUAAUAUGCCUAAGGUGGGACGCAAAGUUAAAGAAAUACAUUAAUAUAAUAGAACACUACAGUGUUUUUUGUUAUGAUAGGUGAUUGAUUUGUUUUUCGUUUAUUGCACCAUAUAUACAGUACUAUAAGUAAUCUCCAGAGCACUGGUAAUGUUUGUGGAGUGCCAUCUGUGAGAAUGCAGAAGCAAUGUAUCUUAUGGAUAACUUCCUAAAUAUACUGAUUAUUUUAUUAAUUUUAGUUUACUCCUAUAUUGUGUUCUUUAUGGAGAGCGGAGUGAGAAGCAUGAUUUAUCAAAUUCAGCUAGAUUAUACUCAAUAUAAGAAUUAUAAAUUAAUAAAACAUGAAAUACUAAAAUGUGUGUGCACUACCAGAAUUAUACAUUAAUAUUCAUUCAUUCAUUCAUUCAUUUUCUAAGCUAACAUUUUUCAAUGCAGGGUCAAUCCCAGCAGUACUGAUACAAUAGGAUUCCAUUCCAUCACAAGGCCCACUAUUUCACUCCAGAUCUUUUUGUCUUUGAGACCUGAGUGGAAACUGGAGUAACUGGAGAAAACUGGAGAAAACUUCCAGAAACAUUGUGGAAAUGUCACACAGUGAGUGACCACACCAAGAAUUUAACUCAUGGCUCUGGUGCUAAGAUUAAGCAGCUCUACAUACUAUGACAACUUGUCACUAUCAUAUACUACAAGAAAAACACAAUAUAAUACACAUAGCGAUUAAAAAAGAAGAAGAGGGUUCUAAUUUGCAUGAAGUGGACAAGAGCAAUCAGCAUGAUCAAUUUUUCAGACUAUUAGACUUUGGGGCCUUUUUGGUUCAUGACAGCCACUGAAGAGCUAUACGCUGAAAAGGCCGACAGAGUCAAGAUGACCUCUGGAAGCUUGUACUACCAUUGCCAUAGCAAUACACCAGGAAUGCCUUGAUUAUGUUUUUGUGAUUUGGAAAAACAACUAGGUGAGUUUGUUGGGGUGAGAUCAGUGGUUGAUCACCUUGACUUAUUGCAGCAUAUAUGCCAUGAUUGUCAGUCAAUGCCAGUGACAGCAGUUGCAGGAAUGCUCUAACACCUCAGGGUCUGGGAGACAUAGAUGAACAUUAACUAAGCAAGGACUGGCAGAUCAUAUGAUAUUCAGUAACAUCCAUAUGGAGCUGGUGCACUCGGUUGUUUGUUGGGUUAUGACCCUGACUGUGUGGUGAUAUUUCUGAUAAGUGAGUCUUCCAUGACUUUGUAUGCUAAUGAGUACUUAUCAUCAUCAACUGCAUCCUAAAUGCAAUUGUGAUUAGUCCCAUGUUUAUCUUGGUGUUAAAUAUCAUGGGAUCCACACAUGGAGAUGACAUUAAAUAGCAUAGUGAAACAUCACAUGAGACAGCAGCAGUAAUCAUAGUGUGAGAUAGCAUUGUGUGUGAUAGGCAGACACCACUGCUGUGUAACAACAUUGAGAAGGUCUUGUCACUUAUCAUAAAAUGUUCUGUAGACAACUACUGCGUAUAUAUACAUAUGUGUAAUUGCAUACAGUUUAUAUAUUUAUACCCACACUGCAUAAUGGAAGUAAGUACAUAUCACAAGUUUUGAAAGUUUUUUAUGCAUCAUCUGAUUCACAGGCCUUGAGGAGUGUAAAAUUACAAAUUCAUUUGUUAAAAAUUAUAUAGAAAAUAAACUUUGUGCUGCUCCAUGGUUCCUGGAAAUAUUUUUGUGUACAUAAGCCAACUGGGCACACAACCCCUUAUUACAGGGCAGUUACAAGCAAGUCUCAUGAUGGUCUGAUGUUGGCAUAUGUCACUGGUCAACUGGCUCAAUUUAAUGCCUUCACGGCUUUGGUCUUCAGACUUACUAUAUAUAUUUAUAUUUAUAUUACUUUAUUGUGUAGGUGCUGCUUUAUUGGAUUAAUUUCCUGUUUAGAGUUAAGUACAGUACAUUAACUACAUAUUUUUCUCAAUCACUCAACUACAAUACACUGCCAAGGCCUGCUGCCUAAAUCAGUAAUAUUUCAAAGGAGGAUGUCUGUUAUGUUUUCUAGCACUUGGUCCUAGACAGUGACGGGUGGAUUGGCUCUUUGUUGAUCUGCACCCACUUUAAAGCACUUGAAAGUGUAAGCUGGCCCAAAGACUCAUGCACAGGUAUUUUAUAUUUUUGGGAAAUAUUUUAGAUUGCAAUCUUGAAUAUAUUAAAAAACAAAUUUCUUUUUUCAUUGUUAUGACAAAAAUUAAAGGAAAUAUCAGCCAGAA